UGCUCAAAAGAAAGAAGAUAAAAUCUUCUCUGUCUCUCUUUCUCGUUUCUAAGCUUCAUGAUCUUCCUUGCUUUCGCUGCUCUGAAAAGCACAUCUCACCUUCUCUGUCUACCCUUUACUCUGUUUUUGCGAAAUCUCUUCUCUUUCAAUCUUUUCACUUGCUGCAAUCUUUCUCAACGCAACAGCAAAGUCUCCAAGUUUCAUUUAUUUACGAUUUUCAGUUCCCGUUAAUCUUUAUAUACUCCCCCAAAAGUUCUUGAGCUUUUUGUUGGAUUGCUUCCUCUUCAAGAUCUUAUCUUACUCUGCUUAAAAAAUAAGCUGAAAUGAAAAUUUUCUCCUCUUGAUAAAGUGAUGCGAAAAUAUUCCCAGAAUUUUCCAGGAAAUAAAUUGGGAUUAACGUAUGUGUAAUAGUUCCCUCGCAUCAUAUCUCUUCACUGAAGCUUGCGUUUUUAGGUAAUAAACAACGUAGAGCAAAACGGAGCAUUUUGUUCAUGGAUUCGAAUAGCAAUCACAGUUAUCAUCACCAGAACAGCCAACCCGGUUCUGGGUUAUUGCGGUUUCGUUCAGCUCCAAGCUCCCUUCUUGCAAAUUUCAAUGAUAAUGGAGUUACUAAUGAUUCUGUUUUGAAUUUCCAAGAACUCGAGGAUAAAUCUGCAGUAAGAGUGAGAGAGGCACCUCUAAGUUACGCAAAUUCGCAGCAAACUUACUUUGGUUUGCCUCCUCAUUACCCAAGACAAAGUUCAGCCACCACCACAACUAUGGAUAGCUCUUACGGUUUGAUUGGUUCAAUGGCAAUGGGCCAUUCAGAGCAAGCCAAACGGGUUGAUUCAAAUCUUGCUAGGCAGAACAGCACCCCUGCUGGACUUUUUUCGAACCUCUCUGUUCAAAAUGGCUAUGCCGCCAUGAAAGGUAUCGGGAACUUUGCCGGGGCGAAAGCUACUAAUGGAGAAGCAAGUCCAAGACUGAAGAGCCAACUUAGCUUCCCAGCAAGAAUACCUUCUUCCUUAGGCACGUUGUUGCAGAUAUCAGAAACUGAGAGUGAAGCCAUUGAUGCAACCGAUCCUCACAGCGGAAAGCUUGGAGAUAGCAACUGUGACAGCCAAUUUUACAGCAGUUCUGGGUUUCCAUAUGGUUCUUGGAAUGAUUCACAUUUUGCAGAAAAUUAUAUUGGCAUGAAAAGAGAUCCAGAUGAUAAUGGAAAGCUAUAUUCUAAUAUUCAGAAUGGAGAGCUUGGAAAUCGAAUUCAUGUAUUAUCACAUCACUUAAGUUUGCCAAAGGCAUCAGUGGAUAUGGUUGCCAUGGAAAAGUUCCUUCAUUUCCAAGAUUCUGUUCCUUGUAAAAUUCGGGCAAAGCGUGGAUGCGCGACGCAUCCCCGAAGUAUUGCAGAAAGAGUGAGAAGAACCCGGAUCAGCGAAAGAAUGAGAAAACUGCAAGAGCUUGUUCCAAACAUGGACAAGCAAACAAACACGGCAGACAUGUUAGAUUUGGCUGUUGAGUACAUUAAAGAUCUUCAGAAGCAAUACAAGACUCUCGUUGACAACCGAGCCAACUGCAAGUGUUUGAGUAAGCAGCAGGCAGUGCCAAACCCAAUUUUAUGACUUGCUUCUGUACAGAAAAUAAGAGAAGUGGAUAGGAACCAGUUCUUAAUCUAGAAAGCAAUGUGUUUUUUUCUUUUCACUGAGCAAGACAUAGUAGGUUGGCUAGAAUUUUCUCUGCAAAAUUAUGAUAAGGAAACUACAAAGGUUUCAUUUACAUGAUACCUAAAAUAAAGAGAGAAACUUUCUUUCCUUUCA